GUCUGCAGAGGUGGAGGAUAUGGUGAUGGAGAGGCCUCCAGGGGUCCCUAUGACCAAAGCUUUGGGGUCACAGGUGAGGAUAAGGACCCUGAAAGCUCAACUAAAUCUACUAUUCUCAGAGGUCUCUAUCCAAGAGGAAAAUGCCCAAGAAUCAACAACAUCCCAAGCAAAAAGCCCAAGUUCCAGGCCCAGGAAGAUUCCAAAAGCAUCAGAGAGCCCUUUUCCUUCAUCUUCUACCGAGCAGACCUCUCACUCCUCCAGCUACAGGGCUACUUCAGAGAAACAAUGGGUCAGGUGCGCAUAUUUCACCCAGAUGCGCACAGUCAAGGGGGCGGCGGUCGCUUGGCAGACCAAAACCUCCUUUGCCCCCGUGGGCAAGAUGCCCCAGGUCUUUGAGGCUGAGCUCUCUGAGGAGAGCACCAUCGGCUCUGCCCCCAGUCUGGCCAACACUGAGUCCCUGGUCAGCACCCUGGAGCCCUGGCAGGAGGGGCCCCAGACCUGUACUUCGGACCCCACCGACCAAGGGGAGAAGCAUGGGGAGAGCCCCCGCGCAGCCACCCCGGAGUGGCUGGUGACCCGUGAGCGCGGCUUCCGCUGCGUGGCCUGCGGCCGCCUGUUCCAGUCCCGGGAGGCCCUGGUUGCGCACGCGGCGCAUGGUGUGAGCCAGAGCUUCAGCUGCCGGGUCUUCUUUCAAGAGCUGCUGGAGAGGCCGCUGCCAGGCUCAGUCCAGGGGAGGCCCCAACGCUGCCACCUGCUGGCCAGGCGUUACCUGAUGGCCUCCAAGAAGAGGGAGGUGAGGGAGAUGAGAGCAGUCUGCAGGCGCCUGGAGGAGCAGCUGGAGAAGCAGAGAGAAGAAUUGAAGAGGCUGAGGCACCAGCUGGACAGGCUGCAGAGGCAGGCCAGGCCGCAGAAGGUGCAGCACCAAGGCCAGAGGGGGAAGGACCUAAAGACCUGCUAGCACCCUGGGACUAGGAGGAGCAGGGCCUUUGGGCUGGAAACGAGGGCCCUUCAUGAGAGACCUCCAUUCAGGUUCGUUUAACCCAGCUCCCCUGGAAGAUCUUAGCCUCCUUCCCCUGUGACCACCAGCCUUCCACCCUAAGGGCACAAAGACCUCCAGCCCUAAGGAAGAAGCCCCAGAUAGCUGAACACAGACACCAGGUCCCCUCAGAGGCUCCCCUGGCCCAGGAGAGGACAGGACAGGCCUCAUCUUGAUGGUGAGGUCUUGGGACCCCUAAGGAUGAGCACAGAGUAAGUAGGGAAAGGGGAAUGGGAUUUCAGUGGGACUUGGGAGGCUAAGGGGGACCCUGGUGAGGUGUGAUGGUGAAGGGGGUAUCAGUGAGUUCUUUGGAGGAGAAAGAAUCAGAGAGAUGGCAGGGUGUCAGGAAACCUGCCUGCAGGUGAGCAGUGGGCAUAAAGCCCUAAACCAAGGACUCUGGGUCCCUUCCCAGCAGCAUACAGGCAGAGAAAGAGGUAAGGCUUGGCAGGAGGAGAGGAGGGCCCGGUGAAGGAAAAUGAAUUCACCCCAGCCAUGUCUUCUGGUCUCCUAGGGUGAAUUUGGGGUUCUGAUUAGGAUGCAUUGUUGUUGCCUCAUUAGGGGAAUGUAAGUGGGAGGUGGUGUAGAAAAAUCCCCCUGGGUGUUAACCAUUUCUGGAUAAGAGUUGAUCCAGUGCUUACAGGGUAUUUCUUGUAGAGUAUGUCCUCGGGUAAGGGGUAGAGCUUUGGAACUUUUUCUUCUCCUUUAAAUAAAGCUGUACAUUCCAGUUCUUGACACGUCAAUAAAUCUCGUUAAUUCCCCCCCCCCCUCCGUGGUCAAAUCUGUUCUGUCCCGAGGUCAAAGAACUGGAAGAAAAAGGCCAUCUGAGAUGAAAGAAGCAAAAGAGAGGAGAGGGUUCUUAACCUGGGGAGAAGAGCGAGAACACAGUUAUAGAGACCAGAAGAGCUCACUGGUUCCAAGAACAAGAAGAAAUGCACUGGAUCUGAUUAUUACUGUCUGUGGUGUGCUCUCCUUCCAGUGAUUAAAAUCUUUUGUCUGUCAUUAUAGAAAAUUUUCACCUAUUUAAAAUAUCUAACGAAACACAUUAAAAUAUACAUGUAUCUAUGAUGUUUAUCAACUUCCAAAGUUCUGAAAUUGUUUUUUAUUACAUUUUCGAGAUUACAGAUUUGUAUGACAAAAAAGUUAUGUCAGGGUCCCACCCUCGUAUGUAAUUUGCUCCCACUCCCACAAGGUAUCCAAUGUUAAUAGACACAUAUGUGUCCUUCCCUACACUUCUCUGCAGGGACACAUAUACACAGUCACAGGUACACAAGUACAUCUGCUGGGAUGUUUGCUUUUAUGGAAACUUGGUCUCACUCUAUCCACAUUGCUCUUGCCCCUUCUUUCACUUGACAUUCUACCUUGAUUCUCUGUAAGUCAUUAGAUAUGGCACUAACACUAUAUUUUUGGGUCUUUAACUUACAUGAAUAAUUUAAAUAGAUGAUAUCAAUUCAGUACACUUUAUCUGGACUUGUACAUGUUGUUGUUAGAAGCUAUCAAGUCAGUUCUGACUCACAGUGACCCUAGGCACCACAGAACAAAACUCGGCCGGUCACUGCAAUCCUAAUAAUCGUUGCUAUAUUUGAGCACACUGUUGCAGCCAUUGUAUCAAUCUCAUUGAGGGUCUUCCUCUUUUUCCCUGGACCUCUGCUUUACUAAGCAUGAUGUCCUUUUCCAGGGACUGGUCCCUCUUGAUAAGAUGUCCAAAGCCAUCCUUACUUCUAAGGAAUAUUCUGGCUUUCUCUGCUCAAGACAGAUUUAUUUGUCCAUACAUAACACCACUAAAAUGGAAACAUUAUCAUCCAUGCUUUUUAAGUCCACUCUUCCUGCAUGUUCUAACUCUCCUCCCCCUGUUCUUUCCCACAAGUGAAUCCAAGGUAAUUCAGGUUAACAAUGUGGUAAGUAGUCUCUCCUAUCCUUGCUUAAACAAGCCCACACAGACUUGCAUGUACCCUCGUCUUCUCAUUUAUACACACACAUAAACAUACACAGGUAUUCAAGCAUAUUCAAACAAUUGAUAUUGUUUAACCCAGAUGUGCUCAUUUUAUAUACACUUCUCUGCACCUUGAUUGUUUCAGUAAUACUUCCAUAAUACUUCAUAGAGAUUUCUCCCACUCAACUACUACAACUCUUUUUCAUUCUAAUGACUCCCUGUUUUAUUGAGGAUGUAGCUUUACCAUAAGUUAUCUAUCAUUCCACCAUCAAUGGACAGUCAAAGUUUCGUCAUAUUAAUAAUAACUAUCCUUUGUGUACUACAGGAUUUGUUUCUGUGGAAUAGACUCCACAGAGUGAGAUUUCCAAUUCAAAGAAUGUUAAAAGUACAGAGUCAUGGCCAUAUCUUUCCCCUAGAGGCUGCCAUAAUGCACCUCUCCAGCCACCUCUCAGGGCAUCCUUCUCCCCACAGCCCAGCCAGCUAUAGGUGGUGCUGAUUUUCAAAUUGUGCCAGUUUCACUGGCAGUUUGAUAUUUUCUGAACUUGGACUAUGUUUACUGGGCAUGUGGAUUUACUCUGAAUGAACUGUUUGAAUUCACUGCUCAUUGUUCAAGUGCAUAACUUUUAUCCUUCUGUGUAAAAUGGAAAUUGUUAUUAAGGCUUGUCAUCUCCAUUUCACAUGA